AUGGAGACCCCAUCAUCCUCCACAAGAAGAGUCACAAGAUCACUGAACUUGAAUGCUUCCAAUAACGGCACCAUCAACAGCAGAAAGAUUGAAGAUUCCGAAAAGAAUAAUUCAAAAUCAAAGGGGCAACAGCAAGAUCGAUCUGCACUAAUUGACAUAACAAAUGAUUCCCCAAUAAUAGGGGUUGCCAAUGGAGGCAAUAUAGAGACCCCAUUGGCGAAGCAGAGAGGAAGCAGAGUGAAGAACACGCCAGGGUCUGGUGAGGCCUUGCUGAGGGAUCAGGUGAAGACCCUCUUGCAGUUGCAGAAGGUGGAAGAAGAGAUUUUUGCCCCAACGCCAGCAAUUAUUCCCCAAAUUCAGAAUCUUUCUAGUGGUGGCACCACUGGUUUGGCUUCAGUGAUCCCUUUAAAUUCUCAGGUAUUGAAUCACAUGUUUGAUGGAAAGAACCAAGAGAAUUCUGAAUCGGAAGAGAGCCUGAUAACCAGGUCUCUCCUUCUGGAUUUUUCAGAAAAAUCUCGAGCUUCCGAUGCAUCAGAAGAAUGCUCCUCUGAGCUGAGUUAUCAGGAAGUAGUACAAGGAAGCGAAGUUAGUAGCUGCUACAUAGAGAAGCUCUCGGCCAAUACAGAAGAUGAUGAUGCUUCUGUCUGGUCAAUGCAGGUCAAUGCUAGCACCCAUGAUGAAUAUGAUGAUGAGGAGGAUGAGGAAAUAGCUGAAGAUGAACAAGAUUAUUAUGAGGAUGUUGAAGAAGAACAUGAUGAUGGAGGGUUGGUGCUUGAUGAACUGUGUAAAGGCUUGAACAACAUUAGCAUGAGUCAAAGGAUAGCUCCCAAGUUUGCAGGAAAGCACAAGAGAUUUGUUUACAAUAGUGAUGAUGAGCUUGUCAAUGAAGAAGAAGAAAACUAUGCUGAGAGUGUUUCUGCUUCUUCGCCUAAUAUCUUGCGCUUGAAGGGGUUGCCAACCCCAAAAGGGAAACACAUACGUUUUUCUGAAGAGAAGGAAGAAAAAUCUGAUUUGUGA